AUGACGGCUUGUUCGUCGAUCAAUCAGAGAUGCUUUACUCGAUAGAUUUGCGAUCCUUUUAUCGUGAAUUAUUUAGCAAUUUUAGUAACAAUACUCUACAAAUCGCAUUGACAAGAUUUUCGCCGAUGAUCCAGUGAUUCUGGUUGCUUAAUCCUUCACUGGCGAUCUACAGGAAAGUCGCAAUAAUUAGAUAAAAAAUAUGAGUUUUGGUUCUAGGAGGAUUCAAACCCGCACCAGUUGUCCGCCCUUUUUGGGGAGGGUGUGACAAAGGUUUAGUCCCACAUCGGUUGUGCGUCAAAGUUUCUGGCGAAUAUAAAGUAAUACUACGUUCAUGAUCAAGUCCCUUUCUCACGCAUGUAUGACCACUCCUUGCCCCACAGCCAGUUGACCACCAGUGAUGUGGAAGGGGAGUGGCGCUCGAGCCCCUGCUCGUGGCUCCUCCCCGACUGUGCUUUCGACCCGCUUGUGGGCCCAGCUGGCCAGUGGGUCCCCCCAAUUUUGUUAUAUUUUUAUUUUUAUUUCUUUUUCUUCAUUUAUCUCAAAAGUAAGACUGUGAAAAUCAUAUAAAUUUAUAUAAAAUCACAUAAUUAUCCAAAAAUUCACAUUAAUCAACUGAAAACUACUUUUCACACUUUAACACAAAUAUAAGUCUAUUUAUCAUGAGUUAAGGUUGAAACUAUAUUAUUUAUUAAUUAUUAACUCAUGAUAAUGAAGACUUAUCAUGGUUGUACUUGCUAAGACAGUCAACAUCACCAUAAUUGUGUCAAAUCCCCUAUACUUGGGUAAUCCCUCCACAAAGUCCACAGAGAUGUCUUCUCAUAUUUGGUUUGGGAUUGAUAGUGGUUGUAGCAAUCUUAUUGGGGCGAGUGUAGAGGAUUUGAAUCAAAGAAAAGUAGAACAUUGGUUGAUGUGGGUCUUCACAUCCUUCUUCAUUCCAUGCUAGAAUAACUGUUGAUUUAGUCACAAGUAUGUCUUCAAGAACCUUGAGUGGCCCCCCAAUGCCUUGUCAUAGAAUUUCACCAGCAGCUUUGGAAUGAGAAUUGAUGACUUCGAUAAUGCCAACCUAUUCUUGUACAAUAAAAUGUCAUUUACAAAUGUGUCAUGCGAGUUGGUCAGUGUACCUUCCUAUAUUGUACUAAUGAUGUUGGAAAAGUGUGGGUCAUUACACACUUCUUACUUUGCCACAUUUGUGUCUAGUCACUCAGUAGUGGAGACAAAAAACAUCAUGUGAUCUUCUAGGCUUGGGCAUCUAAAUAGAGUAUCCACCACCUUGUUGUGGCAGCCCUCCUUGUAUUGGAUGAUGAAUGAGUAUCCCAUAAGCUUGGGCACCCACUUGUGACACUGACCGUGCACCUCUUGUUGAUCAAAUAAAUAUUUGAGACUAUAUUGGUUCGUGCCGAUGGUGAAUCGGUGGAACAUCAAGUAUUGCUUUCACUUUUGGAUGACCAAGACAAUAGCCAUCAUCUCCCUUUUGUAAGCUGACUAGACAUGAGCUGAAGGAGGUAAGGCCUUGCUGAAAUAGGCCGCUGAUUGCUCAUUUUGCAUCAAAAACUCUCCCACAACCAUCCUUGAGGUGUUAGUUUCUAGUAUAAAAGGUUGGGAGGUCAAGCAAAAUUAAUACCAAUGUGGUGACUAUGGCACACUUGAGUCCUCAAACGCCCCUUGUGUAGACCCAAACCACUCAAAAGCAUCUUGAUAACUUUCAUUAAUUACAUGAUAAAAUGCUUAAGAUUUUAUAAUUUAUUAUUUAAUUUUAUAGAAAUAUUUAUAAAUUACUUUAAUAUAAAAAAUGAUAUUAAACUUAUUUAUAUUAUUAUAUUCUUAAUGUCUAGAAAUUAUUUGAUGAAAUUGACAAUGAAAUAUUUUGAUAGGUUUUACCAAUUAAUAUUAUUAUCAAAAUGCUUGUAUGUUAAUUGCAUUUAUUUCUAACAUUUUAUUGAGCUUAUUAUGAUAAAUAAUAAUAAUAUAAUAAUAAAAUUAAAAUACGAGACAUUUCUUUGUUUAGAUUUUUCGUAUCAACAAUGGAUGUACGAAUAUAGUGAGAAGUAUGACAAAUGAUUCAAAAAAAUCGACAGAAUUAACACAUAGGAAGAUGGAAAAAUACUCAGGGGAGGAAGAAUGGAGAAUCUUCGAUCAACUUAUCGCUCUCCACAAUAAUUUUCUCUCUCCUUCAGUGGCGAUGAACGUUAGAUUCACCCAAAUCAUCCAUCUAAUACAAACAAUGAAUUUUGUCUUGAUUUCAUUCUGAUUCAGCUGGUACAGAGGCUGAACUUCAUCCACUAACUCAUCCCAUUCUUUGCUCGAUAUAAACGACAAAGAAUUUAUUCAGAGGAUCCUUCUCCAGAUUUUGCGACAUGCUCAGAGUCAAACUACCACUGUCAAUCGGUUCCAACAAAUGACAGUUGUUGGGAUCAUCAUUCAUCGUUUGGAGAUCAUGUAAAAAUCUAUUUCGUACACUACAUCUACACAAAUCAAUCAAAUAUGGGUGAAAAUUUGAUCAUUACCAUUCAGCCCAUUCUUCUGUAAAACUUGAAUCUUUGCAUGAUUUUACUUUCUUUUUAAUUUAUAAAAAGUUCUAUUUAGUUUUAAUGAUUUUACAAAAAAAAUCUCUUUUGAAAUCAAAGUUACUUUAAUAUGAGUCAACAUAUUUCCAACGACUUGAAUUUGGGGAUGUUCUUCGCGGGCUGAUAUUUGCUGACAUCACAAUUCCCUAUUUCUUUCUUUAAAAGUAUUUUUAUUAAUCUACGAAAUUAAAAAGUUAAAAAAUUAAUAUAUCAAUUGGAAAUUAUAAAUAUAAUUAAUUAUUUUUUAUCUUUCUUGUGUUUGACCUAAAACACCCUUAUAAAAUCAAAUUAUUCUAAAUUAACUUAUUUUUCAGCAUUUAUAAAUUAUAAAUUUUCUGAAUUUUCUUUACAAUGACAUAAAAUAUUUAGUCAAAUUUUGGCACCAUUGUCGAAGAAUAUUUUUAAAAAUUAGUUUUUUUAUGAUCCAUGUGAUAGAUAAAAAAAAAGAUAUUUCUAAAAAAUUGUGAUCCUUGUCUUUCUUUAUUUAUUUUUAGUUUUUAUUAUUUUAUUAGGUUAUUGUUUGGUUUUUUUUGUGUGGUGCAUGCUAGGUAAGAAAUCAUUAAACCCAAGAUUAGAAUUUUCUGAAAUUAGAAAGAAAAAGUUUUCUACUAAAAAAAUUAAAAAUUUGAAUCCUGAAAAUAUGAAUCCUCAAAAUGCUAAUCAACAACCUAGGUUAUUGAAAGAUAAUUUCACCUCAUAUCUAUGUGAAGACUUGUUGCAAAACCAUGUUUGUACUAAAGAAAUUAAACAUAGUGUCUUUCAAAUGUUACCUACUUUUUAUAGCCGUCAAUAUGAAGAUCCUUCUUAUGCUCAUCUUAGAGAAUUUCAAAGAAUUUGUGCUACCAUUAAGGAAGUGGAUGAUUCAAUGAGAUUAACUUUAUUUCUAUUUUCUCUUAAAGAUGAAGGUAGUUAUUGAUUUUCUACUUUAGAUGGAAAAUAGAACAUAGGCUACAUUAUUGCAAGAUUUUUUUAAUCGAUUUUAUUCUAGAAGAAAAACUAAAACCAUGAGGAAGGUAAGUUUAGAUUUUUCACAUAAUUCAAGAGAAGCUUUUCAUGAGACAUGAGAUAGAAUGAAGGAUCUGAUGAGAAAAUGUCCACAUCAUAAUAUUCCUAAAAGUCAAAUAAUUAGAAUGUUUUAUGAUGGAUUACUUCCUUCUUUUAAGCAAAUGGUAGAUGGAGUAUGUGGAGGAUUAUUUUUAAAUCAAAGUGAAGAUGAUGCAUAGGAUUAUAAAAAUCAUAUAAAAUCACAUAAUUACUCAAAAAUUUAUAUUAACUAACUAAAAACUACUUUUCACAUUUUAACAUAAAUAUAAGUCUAUUUAUCAUGAGUUAAGACUAAAACUAUAUUAUUAAUUAAUUAUUAACUCAUGAUAAUGAAGACUUAUCACCACCCCAACUUAAAUUAUUGUUACUCUCUUAGUAAUAGAAUUAUGAAAAUUAAUUAAAAUUGAAAAUUUUCAAACAUCAUAUUUUUCAUGUAUAAAAAUAUAAUUAGAAAUAAUUUACCUCUAGGCACUUUGUACCCUUAUGUCAAGUAUUUAAUGAUGUCAAACACUUAAAUAUUUAAGCACUUCUUAGAAUAAUAAUCUAGACUUCAUUUCUUUUAUUCACAUCUUUAUCACUUUUUCACUCAUAGAUAUUAUUCACAAGAUGUUUCAAUUAUCAAUAUUUAUCUAAGAAUAAUAUUGAUUCUACAUUUUUUUUUUCAUGGCUUAAUUUUUGAUUUUUGUACUAAUUUUCUUCUAUUUUUUUCUAUAGCGGAUAAGUAACUUUUCUUGUAGACAAAUUUUAACAAUAAGAAUGAUGUCUCACACCCUCCAUGUAUAAAUCCUUUCGUUUUCAGGGCUUUCACAUUAUCCACUUAUUUUACAACAAAUAUUUUUUUAUAAAUUUUUUUUGAUAAUAAGAAUGAUGUUUCACACCCUUCAUGUGUACUCUUUCUUUUCAAAUUUUUCACAUUAGUCUUUUUUUUCUAAAUUUUAAAAUAAGUGAUUUCUCUUCACAAGUCAUAUAGAUCAAGAUGUAAAAAUCUCCAUGAAACUCAAAUGAUAAAUCAAAUUUUCACAUCAAGUAAAUACUAUCCAUCAAGAUCAUGAAGCGAAAAUCUAUAAAAUUAAAUUCAUGUUAUCUAUCAUAUAUUCAAAGAGUAUUCUAACAUUUCAUAUUACUAAAUCAUUCUUCUAACUCAAUAAUAAUCAUCAUAAUAUCUUUUAAUAUCAAUCAAUCUAAUUGAUUUAAUCUUUCAUGCAUGUAAUAUGGUGUAAGAAAUUUGUAAAUUUGAUAGUUCUAAUAAUUAUAUUUUCUAUUUUUACUUCUAUUUUGAGAAAUAAUGAAUUUUUUAAAAAUAAAUAAAAACUAUCAUCUUUAUAGCUGUAAUUUUUGAAUUUCAGAAAUAUAUGUCUAGGGGAUUGAAAUGUGAGAAAAGGGUCUCUAAUUUUCAAAUUUUGGAUUAUUUUCUUUGCUAUUUUUGAUAGUUUGUAACCUAUUUUCUUCUAUCCCUAACAAAAAACUAGAAAAUAGAUGUUGUAGUUUUUCUGAUUUUUUGUUUAGUUGCUUUUAUAGGUGAGCAUGAAAACAAAUACAAACACAUGUUCAUAAUAUAAAUUAAUUAACAUAAUAUAAAUAAUAUAAAUCUAUCACAUUGUGCAUCAGUCCUAGGCAAAGUGGUGCUUGAUCUGAGACAAUCUUGAUGGGCUCUAAGUAGUCUCUUCUCCACAAUAAUCUUGAGCACGAGAAUGUCAUUGAUAGGGCCUUGAUUUUCUUUUUUUCCCUUCAGCUAGCCACUACUAGAGAGAGAGCCAAAAAGUGUCUUCCAAAAGGGGGUGAGAUGCUUUAAACCUCUAGAGAAUUAGGCCCCUCCAAUAGAUGGUUAUGAUUAAUGAUCGACUCUCUUAGUGGACAGCCUAGAUUCUUUUAUGAAGGUGACACUCUAAUCUUCUUCUUAAUCUUAUCUUAAGGUACCCUAAGAUGGGCAGCCUAUAUCUCGUCUCUUAAUAACCCUUUUAAAUUCAAUGAGCUAAGCUAAAGUGACACCCUCUCUUGGGCCCAUAAAUAUUUUAGGCUAGCCCUCUCCAUAAGACUUAAGCUUUUCUUUGGGCUGAAGACUUGAACUUCUUCAAUUACUUUCAACUCAUAAUAAGAGUUCACCUAAGUCCUUACAAUCAAAUAAUUAUUAAGAAAAUUUGAAAGAAUCACCACUUGACUUUAGAAAAGUCAAGCAUGGUUAGUCUCAUAAUAUAAAUAAAAUAAAUAAAAUAAUAUAUAUUAUGACUUAAAUGAUAAAAUAUUAUGAAUGUCAUAAUGAGACUGUGACAUAUAUAUAAUUUUAUUCUGUACCUAUUAAUUAGUAUUUAUAUAUAAGAUAUUAAUACAUAGAUGUAACUACUAAUUUGUAAUUAUUAGCGGCGGUGAUGCAUCAAUGAUGCGUCAAAAUCUUGAGCAUUUGAGAUGAUUAUCAAGCAAUGUCCACAGCCUUAAAAACUCUCCUUACAUAAAGAUGAAAUGAGCUAUCUCUAGAUCUUCUUGUGAAGUCAAUAAAAUGAGUCGUCGAGUCAUCUUUGGCAGCUGUCACUCAACGGAGUGAAAAAAUAGCAACAACUCUCUGACAAUUGUCACAUGACAAUGGUGAGCUAGAUGGAGGUGGAGCAUGUAUUAAGGACUUCAUCCUUAGGUCCGCGCAACAAGAGGAAAUUUUUUAUCGCAUCUAAUAUGUUCUCAAGAGGUGACAACUCGUCUCCUAAUGAAUUGUCUUCUUCCUAGUGAUAACUUAUUCGUCGAUCAAUUAGAGAUAAUUUACUCAAUGGAUUCAUGAUCUUUAUCCAGAACCGUUCAACAAAUUUAGUAACAAUACUCUAUGAAUUGCAUUGACAAGAUUUUCAUCGAUGAUUGAGUGAUUCUAGUAGCUUAAUCGUUCACUAGAAAUUUGUUAAAAAAUCAUGAUUUAAUUAGGUAAAAAUAUGAGUUUUGGCUCUAGUAGGAUUCGAAUCCUCGUCGGUUGCUUGUCUACAUUAGAGAGAGUGAAAUAAGUACUCGAAUAUCCUUAUAAAGUGACAUCAUAAUGAUAUUUCUUUCUAAUAAACAAGGGGUAUUUUAGAUAUUAAAAUCAUAAAACCUUUAAGGGAGGCUAUGACCGUCAAUUUAGUCCCAAAUCAAUUUUAUGCCGAGUUUGGGGUUGAUAUAUAGUAAUGCGAGAUUUAAUAAUCAAUGUGUCACUUUCUCACGUGUGUAAGACCACUUAUUGUCCCAUGCCCAAUUGGCCACUAGUGAUGUGGAAGGGGAGUGAUACACAUGUGCCCCAUAUCAAUCUGUUUUUAGUUGCUUGAUAAGAGUCUUCAUUAUCAUGAGUUAAUAAUUAGUAAAUAAUAUAGUUUUAGCCUUAACUCAUGAUAAAUAGACUUCUAUUUAUGUUAAAUUAUGAAAAGUAGUUUUUAAUUAAUUAACAUAAUUUUUUGGCUAAUUAUGUGAUUUUGUACGAAUUUAUAUAAUUUUUAUAGUCUUAUUUUUGAGAUAAAUGAAGAAAAAGAAAUUAAAUAAAAAUAUAGCAAAAAGGGGGGGGGGGGACCCACCAGCCAACCGGGCUCGUAAGUGGGUCGGAAGCAUAAUCGUGGAGGAGCCACGAGUAAGGGCUCGAGUGGCUAAGACCGAUGGGGGCAUGUGUGCGCCACUCCCCUUCCACGUCACUGGUAAUAAGCCGGCUCUAGGGCAAGGAGUGAUCGUACACAGAAGAAAAUGACUCAUUGCUUGCAAAUGUAAUAUUAUUAUAUAUUCGCUUGAAACUUCGACACACAAGCAAUGUGAGACUAAACUUGCAUCACACUUUCUCUCGAAAAGUUUCGAAGAUUUUAAUACCUAAACUACCCCUUAAUUAUAAUAGAGAUAUAUUAUGAUGACAUUACUUGAUAAUGGCAUUAGAGUACUUAUUUUAAUCUCUCUCAUGUAGGCAGAGAAUUAGUAUAGGUUCGAAUCCUCCUUAGAGUCAAAACUCAUAUUUUUAUCUGAUUAUCACGACUUUCUUGCAAAUCGUCGGUGAAGGAUUAAGCCGCUAGAAUCACUAGAUCAUCAACGAAAAUCUCAUCAAUGUGAUUCGCGGAGCAUUAUUACUAAAAUUAUUGAAUGAUUCACGAUAAAAGGAUUGUGAAUCUAUCAAGUAAAUCAUCUGCAAUUGAUCGACGAACAAGUCAUUGUCGGGAAGAGGAUGAUCCGCUGAGAGACAAGUUGCCACCUCUUAAGAGCGUACCAGAUGCAGUGAAGAGCCUCCUCUUGUUACUUGGAUCUGAGGAUGAAGCUCCUUGACAUGCACCCCACCUCCAUCCAGUUCCUCUCUGUCGGGUGAUAGCUGCUAGAGAGCCGCAAAGUCACCAUUUUUCUACUCCACAAGUGACAACCGUCGGAGAUGAUUCAACGACCCAUUUCAUUGAUCUCUAGAUUUUGCAAGAAGAUCUAUAGAUUGCCCACGUCAUCUUUGUCCAAGGAGAGUCUUCGAGGUUGUGAACACUGCACGACGAUCCUCUUGAAUGUUGAAGAUUUUGGUGCAUCGCCAAUACAUCACUGUCAAAAUGCCGAAACUCUGUUUUCCUACUUUCAACUUAAUUUCUACUUUAUUUAGUGAUAAUUUGUAUGAUUUAAAUUUACUAAGCUAUACUUUAUUCAAUUACGAUUCUUUCAACUUUUACAAAUCUUAAUUUGAUCAAUUAAAUCGUAUGUAAUCGCUUACGUAAGAAUCAUCGGGUGGAAUUCUAUUUUCGUCCAAUUCGUGUUUGUCAAUCACUGACGUCAUCUUGACAUCCACACCCUUAUUUCUUUUUUUCAUGAAUUUUAAAUAUAUUUUAUUUUCAUUUCUCAGUAUAAAAUUCUUAAAAAAUCAUAUUCUUUGAGAAAAAUUAUGAAAAAUUAUAUGAUAUUAUAUUACAUCUCUGACCUAGAAAUUACCACUAUUUUUUGAAGUUUUUUGAAUUAUAAUUGAUAGAUUUAUUCAUAAAUACUUCUAAAUAUCCAAAAAUUAGUAUUUUCUAGUUUUAUAAAUUUUAAAUUUACAUGAUUUACUAUACAAUGACUAAGUCACGUCACUACUCGAGCCCUGACUUGCAGCUUUGCUCGACUAUACUUCCGACCCACUUGGGGGCCCAGCUAGAUGGCGGGUUCCCUCUUUUGCUCUGUCUUUUUUUUACUUUAUUUUAUUUUUCUUCAUUUAUCUUAGAAAUAUGAUUAUAAAAAUCAUAUAAAUUCACAUAAAAUCACAUAAUUAGUCAAAUUUUAGAUUAUCUAACUAAACUCUUUUUUAUAUUUUAACAUAAAUAUAAGUCUAUUUAUCAUGAGUUAAGACUAAAUUUAUAUUAUUAAUUAAUUAUUGACUCAUGAUAAUAAAGACUUAUCACUUCACCUCACUAUAAUUUGUGUUGUCGUCAAUGUAUCACAAGAAAGAAGAAACAAAUCACAAAUAAAUAAUGAAUCUCAUAAGAUGGGUUCAAUAAUAUAAAAAAGUAAAGCAUGACAAAUCAGUCUAGACUGAUGUUGCACAAAUCUUAAAGGGAUCUUAAGCUUUUGUGUGGAAAUAAUAGUGUGACAACCUAAUAGUAAAAUGAAACAAAACACUCAAAACUAUGAAAUCAAAGAACUGAAAGUAAUCAACAAAAUAAAAUAAAAUGCAGCAAUUGAAGUGAUCAAUAGCUAUUAGAAAAUGACUCUAGUUGUUGUAGGCUAAUGGAGAUCGAAGCUGCCUACAGCUUGUACUCAAAGUAGGACUUCAAGUGUUGCCCAUUUACUUUGGAUGUUUUACCUAUCUUAAGAUUUAUUAUUAAAACAACUCUUGAGUUAAAAUUCUGCCAAACGACAAAUGAACCAUUCCAAUGAGAUUUGAGUUUACUCAGAAAUGAUUUUAAACGAGAAUUCUACAACUAAACCUUUUGAUUUUGAUAAAAUGAUGUUGACAAGAGGAAGAGAAAAUUCUAAAGAAGAGUGCAUAGGGUUAUGUAGAAGAGAAGAAGAAAGAGAGAGAGAGGAAGAAGUGGAGAUAGUGGAGGAUGAAUAAGGAUGUAGAGAGAAUAAGUCUAAAAUGGGCUUCGUGGGCCUAGUGGGCCUAUUUUAACACUUCCUUUCAAGUUGGAGCAUACAAGUCAAAACAUGCCUGAUAAGUCUUCAUUAUCAUGGGUUAAUAAUUAGUAAAUAAUAUAGUUUUAGCCUUAACUCAUGAUAAAUAGACUUACAUUUGUGUUAAAGUGUGAAAAGUGGUUUUUAGUUGAUUAACGUGAAUUUUUGAGUAAUUAUGUGAUUUUAUACGAUUUUUACAAUCUUACUUUUGAGAUAAAUGAAGAAAAAGAAAUUAAAUAAAAAUAUAGCAAAAAGGGGGGGGACCCCCGCUAGUCAACCGGGCUUGCAAGCGAGUCGGAAGCACAAUCAGGGAGGAGCCGUGAGCAAGGGCUCGAGUGGCUAAUACUGAUGGGGGCAUGUGUGCGCCACUCCCCUUCCAUGUCACCAGUGGCCAACCGACUGUGGGGCAAGGAGUGGUCGUACACAUGCGAGAAAGGGACUUGAUCAGGAAUGUAGUAUUACUUUAUAUUCGCCAGAAACUUUGGCGCACAACCAAUGUGGGACUAAACCCGCGUCACCUUCCCCAAAAAGGGCGGUCAACCAGCGCGGGUUCGAAUCCUCCUAGAGCCAAAACUCAUAUUUUUUUAUCUGAUUAUCACGACUUUCUUGCAGAUCGUCGGUGAAGGAUUAAGCAACCAAAAUCGUUGGAUCAUCGGUGAAAAUCUCAUCAAUGCGAUUCGUGGAGCAUUGUUACUCAAAUUGUUGAACGAUUCGCGAUAAAAGGAUCGCGAAUCCAUCAAGUAAAGCAUCUCCGAUUGAUCGACGAACAAGCCGUCAUCAGGAAGAGGAUGAUCCGCCGGGAGACGAGUCACCACCUCCUGAGAGCGUACCAGAUGCGAUGAAGAGCCUCCUCUUGUUGCGCGGACUUGAGGAUGAAGCUCCUUGACACGCGCCCCACCUCCAUCUAGCUCUUCUCCGUCGGGUGACAGCCGCCAAAGAGCCGCAAAGUCGUCGUUUUUCCGCCCCACGGGGUGACAGCCGCCGGAGACGAUUCGAUGACCCAUUUCAUUAAUCUCUAGACUUUGUAAGGAGAUCUAGAGUUUGCCCAGAUCGUCCUUGUCCAAGGGGAGCCUUCGAGGCCGUGGACACUGCACGACAAUCCUCCCGAACGCUCAGGAUUCUAGUGCAUCGCCGACGCAUCGCCGGAACUCUGUUUUCCUGCUUUCAACUUAAUUUCCGCUUCUUUUAGUGAUAAUUUGUUGAUUUUAAAUUUACUAAGAUAUACUCUAUUUCAUUACGAUUCUUCCGGCUUUUACAGAUCUUAAUUUGAUCAAUUAAAUCGUCUGUAAUCACUUACGUAAGAAUCACGGGUAGAACUUUGUUUCUGCCCGAUUUGCGUUCGCCGGGUGUUGACGUCAUCCUGACGUCUGCACCCUUAUUUCCCUUUUUUCGUGAAUUUUAAAUACAUUUCUUUUUUAUUUCUUAGUAUAAAAUUUAUAUAAAAUAUUAUUCUUUGAAGAAAAUUCUGAAUAAUUACCAGAUAUUAUAUUACAUCCUUGUGAUCGACUUGGAAAAUUACCGUUAUUUUUGGAAGUUUUAUUGAAUUAGAAUUGAUAUAUUUGUUCAGAAAUACUUCUAAAUAUAUGAAAAUUCAUAUUUUCUAGUUUUAUAAAUUUUAUAUUUGCGUGAUUUAAUAUACAACUAAGUCACGUCAAGUACUAAGUGAUAACCUCAAUAAUGAAGUGAACAAUUAUGAUGUGAACUUAGAUACAAUCUUGAAGAAUAUAGAACUAACUCACCCAAGUAUAGUCAUCAACAAAGACAAUAUAGUAGCAAUGGCCUGAGAGAAUACAAGAGGGACCCCAAACAUCACAAUUAAUGAAGUCAAAGUGUAUUGCGAAUAGAAUUUCGUCUUGAUUCAAUUAUGAUCCAUGAUAGUGUUUACCUAAUUGACAUGACUCACACAAAAACUUAUUCAGAGAAAGACAAGGUAAAAUAUUUUAAGAAUUUUCAAAACAAGUAUGUCUUAAACAAUAAUGUCACAAAAGAGAUGAAGUGGUCAUAGAGGAAACAAAAAGAGCCCAAAGGCCAAAAGAAGAUUCAUUAAAAAUUAGUUCGUAGACACCACAUCCAUUCUCAUGCCCUAAGCUAAUCCUCAACUCAGUAUACAGAUUCCGAAAGGUAUAAUGAAAAGAAAAAAAUAUAACGAAACAAAGGAUAGCUUGGGUAAUAGCACUAAUACAUAAGAGGUUAGUAGGAAAUCUAGGAACAUAAAAACCCUUGAUGAGAGGAAUACUUGAGGUAACAAUAGUAUUGCCAUGUUCAUUGACAGGACAAGUUUGGCCAUCGGCAAUAGUAACGAGUGGAUGAUGAGAGAUAGGCUGAUACGAUGAUAAAAUGGUGGUUGUGCCAGUCAUGUAGGUGGAGGCUCCGAGUCAAUAAUCCAUGAUGAAGAUGAAGAUGCAAGAAGGGCAUGUGUACCUGACAUGGAAAGACUCAGAAGCGAGGUCAGAUUAGCUGAGGAAUGAGCCAUGGUACCACUGGAGCGACCUAAUGCUUCAUACUCGGCGGAGGUCAAUGUCACCUAAAAAGUUAGAGAUGGAACACUAGAUGACGUCGGAGAAGUUGGUAAAGGAGGCAAGAGAGCUGGUUGGGCAAAGUUAGGCUUCUCGAACUAUUUUCAAUAUUUGUUGGACGGGUGGUUCUACUUGUCAAUAGAUGUAUAUAGGAAAGAAAUUACAACCCUUCUCUUGUGGCAGACGAUUAUUAUUUGGUCUCAAAGUAGAAGAGUCAUGUGAUGCUUGAGGAGUAGAGACAAUCAUUGUCGAAUGAGUAGAUGUGAUGUUACCAAUAGUAGGAAGAGUGCUUGUACUCACACAAAGUACAACGGAGAAAAUGUGAGAGAUAUUAGGUAUCCGGUCUCUAGAGAACAUCGUCCUAUGAAUCUGAGAGGUAAUCGAUGGGUGAAGUCCACUAAAAUAGACUCUAAUAAAAUAUUCUUGAUGGUAGUGCUCAAAUGUCCAGAGAUCAGUGGUUGGAGGCUGAUAGAUGGCAAGCUCAUAUAUUAGGCCCUAGAGACAACUGAAAUGAGUAUGAAGUGAGGAGAUGUCCUGCUUGCAAGUAAUAAAUGACUUGAAGAUCUCGACCAUGUGACUGAUAUUCAUUUGGUUGAUGUAUAUGUUUUCCAAUGUCGUCUAGAGUUGUUGCACAAAGUGAAUUCAAGUGAGAGGCUUAGUAAUACUCAACUCAAUACUUUAAAGCAUCUAAGUAAGGAUGGUUGAAUUGAGUUGAGAUCAUGAAGCAAAGGAUGGAUCAGUGAGGCUAGGCAAAUAAGUUGAUAAGUGGUGGAAAAGGUUGUGCGAUGUCAAGAGUGCUCAAAUCCGGAGGCCCAUGAUAUAUAAUUAUGUCAAUUGAAGACAUAUGCUAGUCGAGUGAGUUGUGUUGUGGAGUAGCCAACUCGAUUAGAGGAAAAGUGACGGCUAGUUGAAGAACUAGUGAAGGAGGCACCUGAGACAUCGAGGAUUCACCCACCAGAUCCAUAGAUUAAGAUUAUCAGGAGAUGAGAUGAUGCUGGAAGAGGACGUCCCCAAAGCUGCAUGUGACGUCGGAGGCGGCAUAGGCGGCGCAAGCGGAACCUACAGUCAAUGCACGGGACACUAGGGGGAGAUGGUGCCGUCAAGCACACAAGCAUAGCGACGUGUCUGGCGAGCGUGCAGGACGGUGCUAAGCAAGUGCCAAACAGACACAUAGGUGGCAUGCGGCAGGAGGUGCGGCAGGCGUGCAGGGCUAUGCAUACUGGGCACCAAGUAGCAUGCAAAGAGGCACCACAGGAGAUUGUGUCGAGAGGAUAUGUGAUGUCGAGAUAGAAGAAGAGGUAGAGUGACGCGACAGAGAAACCUUAGGGCUCUAAUACCAUGUUGACAAAAGGAAGAAAAAGAUCCGAGAAUUGAUAUAUUGAAGAAGAGGAGUGAUGAGGUUAUAUAGAAGAGAGGAAGAAAGAGAGAGAGAAAGGGAGAAGUGGAGAUAGUGGAGGAAGAAUAGGAAUGUAGAGAGAUUAAGUCUAAAAUAGGCUUGUGAUGAACUUGAAUUAGAGGUCACAUACAUCAUCGUGAUGCAACCAAGUUCAUGCAAAUAAUAUUUAUAAAACCUCACUCUUCUACUUAGGAUAAGUAAGGGUCAAUCCUCAAGUAGCGUGGGUAAUGAGAGUAUGAAUUCUAUUUAUUUUAUUUCUUAUAUAGAUAUAUAUAUAUAUAUAUAUAUAUCCGUGAGAUUGUGAAAGACAUAAUUAAAUGUAAAAGAGUGAAGACAAGAGUUGUGAAAAAUAUGACAAAGGGGAGAGAAUAGAUCUAACGCAAUGGAAUGAUAGAAUAAAUGAUAAAAUUAGUUCGAAUUAAAAGUUAAUCUAUCCUUGUAGAGGAUUACAAGGAUGCCCAAAUCUAGAUCUUGCACAAACCUCGUUGUGCAUCAGUCCUAGGCCGAGUAAUACUCGAUCCAUGAUGAUCUUGAUGCACUCCAGAUAAUCUUUUCUCCACAAUGAUCUUGGGCAUGAGAAUGUAGUUGAUCAGGCCUUGAUUUCCCUUCUGUUUCCUUCAGCUAACCACUACUAG